AUGGGUAAGAAAACCAAGAAGUCCGCGGAGCAGAAAGAUCGAAUUGCGGCCAAGCAGUCUAAGAAGUCUGCUAAGACCGAGAAAAAGUCCAAGGCCAAGAACAAGGAUGCGGACAGCGAUGCCGAGGAAGCCGACCUGGAUUCUAUCCUCGCUCAGUAUGCCGAGGAGCAAGCCAGAUUUCUAAAGGUUACCGAAGUCGUGUCAGAGCCUCCGGCACCACGAUCCUCUGCCACGGUACUUGCCUCGCCUUCGAACCGCAAUGAAUUGUUACUCUUUGGCGGCGAGUACUACGACGGAACACUUGCGACAUUCUUCAACAAUCUCUACGUUUACCUGAUUGAUCGUGGAGAGUGGAGAGAGGUCACCAGUCCUAACAGCCCCCUGCCUCGGAGUGGUCAUGCUUGGUGCCGUGGAGGUAAUACAGGCGGAGUUUACUUGUUCGGAGGUGAAUUCUCGUCGCCCAAGCAGGGCACAUUCUACCACUACAACGAUUUCUGGCACCUAGAUACUGCUACUAGAGAAUGGACUCGUCUCGAGACCAAGGGCAAGGGCCCUCCGGCUCGAAGUGGUCACCGCAUGACCUACUACAAGAGCUAUAUCCUUCUUUUUGGAGGUUUCCAAGACACCUCCCAGCAGACAAAGUAUCUGCAAGAUCUGUGGAUCUAUGACUGCAACCAAUUUACCUGGCACAACCCUGUCCUGAAUGCCGCGGCACAAAAGCCAGAUCCGCGAUCCUCAUUCUCUUUCUUGCCACAUGACACGGGAGCGGUCAUCUACGGUGGCUACUCACGAGUCAAGGUCAGCAGUGGCGGAGGUGGAGGCGGCAAGCAAUCCAAGGGUGGUCCCCAGAAGAUGGCUUUGCGGCCCAUGGUCCAUCAGGAUACAUGGUUCUUAAGGCUCACACCUCCUGGUCCUGAAGCGCCAUCAUCUGCUGCCCCUACAAUUCGAUGGGAGCGAAGGAAGAAGCCAGCCAAUACACCCAACCCCUCACGCGCGGGAACAACAAUGGCCUAUCAUAAGGGUCGUGGAAUUAUGUUCGGUGGUGUCCACGAUGUUGAGUUAACCGAAGAAGGAAUCGACAGUGAAUUCUUUGAUACAUUGUUCGCUUGGACAACAGACCGAAACCGAUUCUUCCCGCUCGGCCUGCGUCGUCCUCGUGCCCCAGGCAAGAAGCAGGCGAACCAGGCUAACAAGUCUCGUAAUAGAGGCAAGGCGGAUGAGGAAGAAUUACUGAACAACCUUAAGGCUUUGGAAACCAAGCAGGGUCUUCGUGAUGACGAUGAUGAUGACUUCAUGAAACCAAGCGCUCCCGAAGCCGAGGAGCCUGAGGAACCUCAGAAGCCCGCAGUCGUUCGCUUUGAGAUGCCACACCGAAGAUUCAAUGCCCAACUUGCUGUGCAAGAUGAUACCCUCUUCAUCUACGGUGGUACAUUUGAAAAGGGUGAUCGCGAGUUUACAUUCGACGAUAUGUACUCUAUUGAUCUGGGCAAGAUGGACGGCGUCAAGGAAAUCUUCUACAGAGAGCCCGAGAACUGGAACCUCAUGGACGAAGAGGACAGCGAUGAGGACAUGGAUGAAGACGAUGAAGAUGAAGACGACGAUAUGGAUGAUGGAGAGGGCGAUUCUAUGGCUAUCGAUACCCCUCCGGCCGAAGCAACCGUGCCAUCGGUUACGCAAGAGAUGGAACAACUCGAGGUUGAUGAGCAAGAGCCAACUGUCGAGGACAGCCGACCACUCCCUCGCCCCUUCGAGAGCUUGCGAGAAUUCGUCAGUCGGACCGCGGAUGAAUGGCAACAGAUUGGAAUUGAAGCCCUCACUAUGAAGGGACUGGUUGAAGGUAAGACUAUCAAGGAGUUGCGCAAAGCGGCCUUCGACAUGGCAGAGGAGAAAUGGUGGGAUAGUCGUGAAGAGAUCAUGGCCCUGGAGGACGAGCAAGAAGAGGCUGGUAUUGGCGAGGUGGUUAGUAUGGCCGAGCGGGCUGAAAAUAUGGGAGGUGCCGGUCGUCGCCGGUGA